CUCGCCCCGGCGGCUUCCGCCCUGGCCCUCGGCGCGCGGGGACGCCCUGGGAGGGUUUCGUUUGCCCAGCAUGGGCGAGGAGGAGGCGCUGCCGAAGCUUCGGGAAGCCUUCAGGAUGCAGAAUCGAUCCGUCUUUAUCCUGGGAGCCAGCGGGGAAACCGGCAGAGUACUGUUAAAAGAAAUCCUGGAUCAGAACCUGUUUGCUAAGGUCACGAUCAUUGGCCGGAGAAAGCUCACCUUCCAGGAGGAAAAUUAUAAAAAUGUGAAUCAAGAAGUGGUGGACUUUGAAAAGCUGGAUGACUACACUUCUGCCUUUCAAGGUCAUGAUGUUGGGUUCUGUUGCCUGGGUACCACCAGGAGUAAAGCCGGGGCGGAAGGGUUUGUCCGUGUUGACCGAGAUUACGUGCUGAAGUCUGCAGAGCUCGCGAAGGCUGGAGGCUGCAAACAUUUCAACUUGCUGUCCUCCAAGGGCGCCAACAAGUCCAGCUCCUUCUUGUACCUACAAGUGAAGGGAGAAGUGGAAGCCAAGGUUGAAGCAUUAAAAUUUGAUCGUUAUUCAGUGUUCCGGCCAGGAGUCCUGCUGUGUGACAGGCAAGAAUCCCGCCCAGGUGAAUGGGUGGUCAGGAAAUUCUUUGGCUGCUUGCCCCACUCUUGGGCCAGUGGGCAUUCGGUGCCAGUGGUGACUGUGGUUAGAGCCAUGCUGAACAACAUGGUGAGGCCUGGCAGUGGGCAGACAGAGCUGCUGGAGAACAAGGCCAUCCACGACCUGGGCAAGGCCAAUAGCGCUCUCAAACUGUGACCACACUGCGGAAGCACCGACCUCAGCACCUGAUGCAAACCAGUCAUUUCGUGGGCCGAGCUCCAACCAAGAAAUAACUUUCCAUCAGUCAUGCAGAGCCUCGCUAUACACAGGGCCACCAGGGGAGUCUGGGUCCCAAAGCCUCUGAGCUGGAAUUUUUGGGCUGUGGGAGGGUCUGUAGUGUUCAUUUGUUUUGUAGCCCAGUGGUGUUUCUGGAGACAACAGCAGCAGUGCAGCCUGUGAGCGCUGUGUGGGUGAGUGCUGGCCUGCAUCUGAUGCACUUGUCUCUGAGCUACACGGUGCUAGUUAACAACACAGACAGUGUGAGUGAACACUGCCUUUCCUACUGCUGUAGAACACAGAACCUAUAGAACCAACCUUUUAUAACUCAGGGGAGGAAUUAAAUAAAGGAAUAAAAGUGAA